AUGGCUGCCAACCUUGGGGAGAGCGCGCUGGCCAACGUACACCAAGAGGGACUGAACGAGCUUCUGUCUGAACUCGCCACUUGCUAUCCUGGCCACGAAGACAAUGCGCAAUCCUUCGGGGUUCCUGAACUAGAUGCAUUGCUUGAGAUCUUUGCACCCAAGGCGUCUCAAUAUCAAGACCGCAGAGCUUCUGACCAGGACCAAUUGAGAGACUAUCAAGCUGCUGCAUAUGAAGAAAUGCUCAUGGAGGGGAGUCCACGUCCUGAAGACGCCCAUGGGCCAAAUAUAAUGGAUGCAGCAGGGGACCUCGACCCUGCCAACACAUUGUUUUCAGACCCUGAGGGGACCCAAAAUCGCCCACCCCCGAUUUUAGAGAUCUCAAGCAGCCUCUCUUCUUCGGGAAAAUCGCAGAUGCUGUACUAUCUCACGGCCCAUGCCAUCCUUCCACGUGAAUAUGGUACCAUUGCAAUCGGCGGCCGAGAAGCCGCCGUCAUUUUCAUAGAUACCGAUGACCGAUUCGACGCCGAAAGACUUCGAGUCGUAGCUCGGGGUAUCAUGGAGCAGCGCCUAUCAAGCCUCCCAUCCAACUUUGGAGAGCAGUCUGCUGGAUGCCGGGCUGAUCAUGAUAUCGAAGCAUUGCUUGUCUCUUCCCUCCAGCACGUUCAUGUCUUCUGUCCGCAGUCCUCGUCUGCUCUCCUGGCGACUCUGCACUCUCUGGACUCCUACCUUUUUGAUUUAUCGCGACAUCGCUCCGCUUCACGCCCGUUGCAAAUGAUCGCUAUUGACAGUACCACUGCUUUCAUUUGGCAAGACCGGCUUCGCGAUGAAGUGGCCCGCACCGAGGAGAUCGGGCGUUCUCGAGAAGAGAUUGACAGUGAGCGUGAGCAGAAGCGCAGGUUCUCUCUGCCGGUUCUCUACGAUGAGCUGGCUACGCAAUUGAAAAGAUUGCAGAGUCGAUUUCAUUGUUCAAUAGUCUACACAUCAGUCGUUUCUGGGGGUCGACCUGCGGCUGAUUUGUAUGAGUCUGAAUCUCGGUUCUCGACGCUGAAGCCAGCGCUUCCUGCACCCUGGGGUACUUUGCCAACGUUGCGUUUGAUUUUUCAUCGGCCGACUGUUCGUCCUUUUCCACCUAGCAUGGCACCACAAGCAGCAGUCAAAGAAGCCCCCUCGCGACAGGAUGCGGUUCAACAAGGCAAAAUUUCUGGCUGGGUCAACGAGUGGGGGUGCGAUGGAUGGCCUCGUCGAAUAAUGGAAGCCAUUGAGGCGAGCAACGGUGGAGGCUUCUCAUUCUUUGUGCGUGAGUCAGGAGUCGAGUUCAACAGUCCUACCGAUUGA